AUGUCGUCAACAAGUUCAGGGUCCAAGAAGUCGGGGAAGUGGUGGAGGGUCUGGCAACGAUUCAAGAAAAAAGAUGUGAAUCCGGAGGUGACGUUCAAGGCAGAUAAAUGGGAGUCCGCGACAAUGAUCAUCUGGCUAGGGGCUUCCUGGACGCCCUUCAACCUCGGCGACGCAACGGUCGGUGGCAUCUCAGUCGACGUCGACCUGCAGCUGGCAGCGAUAGGUCUCAUCAACAAGGUGAUGGACACCUUUGUGCAGUCCUCUCUGAAACACACGGCCUCGGUGGUGCUCACCAUCUGGAUGGCGUUCGGGGUCAGGGGCGCUGGCCUGCUCGACCUGGAGCUGGAGAAGGAGUUGACAGAGCCGCUGACUUGUAUUGUGAACUUCUACAAGCGGGCCUCCCUGAACGGAUGGAAGAAGCUGGGGACCAGGGACAUCCUGAGGUUCCUGGCGUCUCUCUCGGUGGCUUUCUGUGUCCUGCUCUUGGGACUCGCCGUCAACACCAUCGGCAUUCCCAAGGAGCGCUGGUGGCCCACGGGGGACACCGAGGGAUACCAUCUGACGGGCAGCAUGCGAGAGAUGAUGACCAUCACCAUGCCUCGCACCCACUUUGUGAGCCUGGACUGGAACAACUACUGGAACGAGGCGUGGGAGAUGAUUGGUUCCGGGCCGGUUUCUUGGGACGCGGCGGCGGCUAUUGUAGCUGCGUCGACGUAUACACUUCUCAGCGGCAUCCCGGCACCAUACCAACAGCCUGACCCAGGCUGGUUUGCAGUGACCACCGAGAUACCUGGUUACAUGACUGGCGUGAACACUGUCGUCAACGGGUCUACCGUGCAGACCAUGUCGGUGCAGAACUCUGUGGUCCAGGACACCUUCAACUAUUUCACAGCAAAUGGGUCGCACAGCUUUCAGCGCUACGCCAAUGGCUGGCACGCGUUCCUCAAUCUGACGGUGCCCAUGCUGACCACCACCUGCACGUCUGGCUUCCCUGGUAAUGCCACGUGCGAUGGGUGCAUUGAGGUCGACGGUCCUCGAGGAGAAUCGCCGACAGAUUCCACCCUGGAGGUGACGAUCGGGGCUGUGACGGCGCUCAACUUCACCGGUGUCACCUGCAACAUGACCUUCUCCCAGGCCCUCUAUCCAGUUGGUAGCUGGAUUAUAGACGGCGCCGGCGUCUCUGUAUCACUGGACAAUUAUGGCUCCAACAAGGGCACCAAGCCGCUGCCGCUGGGGCCCUUCACAGAGGACAGGACCUGUGCUGGAGAUGUCAAGGGCGAACUCAACAGCAUCACCAGCCGUAUGAGUGGCUUGCUGGACAGCGGGAUUGUCUACCAUAUGGUGCUGACCGCCCGCAACCUGGCCUACUUCAACAAGAACUUCUCAGCAACAGACGAUGCACGCGGUAUGGCGCCCGUCAUUGCAGUGAUGGCCCAGCAUCUGGUCACCAUUGCCGACUGGAACACGACCACAUCGUCCGACCCCGAGGAGACGACUGUGUCUUUUCCGAUCCGAUGGGAGAUCUAUGCCUCUGGGCCGAGGAUGGCGUGGGAAUGGGCGGCGGUAGUGAUACUCGUCGUGGUGCUCUUGGCCCUGCUGGCUGGUGGGUUAUAUGGACUGGUUAAAGGCAUAGAGCCGGGCCCUUGGCUCGAGAAGGGGGGCAUCAUGUUGCUUGCCAACCAGUCCAAACCGAUCGACAGUGCCAAGGAGAGUGUCGGGGGCGAGGCCAGCGAGGAGGCAGAGGAGGCGACGUACUACGUGCGAGAUUCGACAGCGGCGCACGAUGAGCCUCAGCUGGUACUGGUGGACAAGAAAGGAGCGAACAAUCUUGAUUAUGUGUCAGUGGACAAGAACAAGGUGUACAACAAUACUCGCCAUCCCCAGACGAUGAACUGGCAUGAUGCUAUUCACGGGAGCGGAUAUUAG